AUGUCGUCUCUUCCGUCCAGGGCAAUCAUAACAGUCUCUAUCGGUGUAUGUUCUACAGAGGAUUACAGGAUCAUCAACCAGGUCUUCUGGUUCUCUUCUGCAUGUCGAUUCUUCAAGAAGGAAGGACAGUACAAUGUGAUCUGGCAGCUAGAGAAAGGAGGAUACUCGAAUUCUCAUCAGAACUUCAGCCACCAUCCUCAUCUUUUUGCACAAUUCCUACCCAGCUUCGAUCAUGCAUGGCAUUGGAAUGGUCUGCAUAAUGGGAUAAGCUGCCCUCGAGUCCUCAAGAGCUCGGUUUCCACUCCGUCGUAG